UUCGAGCUCACAUAUACCUUGUGAGUGGUAAUUAUUUCUAUUUUGAAUACAUCAUUCAGAGCAAGAUGCUGAUUUGCCCAUAUUAGCAAGCUUUCAACUGAACCAUGAAGCUUAUGUUUUUGAGAUCCAAUACUGGCACUUGAUCUUCUGAACUGGACUGCUUUCAUUGCACCUCUCACAGGCUUAAUUCAUGGUAGAUUUCAGUUUAAUUUUCCACAUGGCGAGUUGUGUGUCAAUAUGUGCAUUCUUGGUUUCUUGAUUAGGUAGUCCAGUGAAAACUGUUUCCGAGGAAGGUUUUUAUCAGGAGCUAUAAAAACCUCUGGAAUAUUCUGGUAAACAUCAACUCUAGCAUUAAAUUUUUAUAUUUCAGAUAUUUAUAACCUAUCAUUCCUACACAUUCCAUACAAGAAAAUAUAGUACUUAAUCAUAGUCUCCAUUAUGUAAUGUCCAAACAGAAAUUCAAUAUCAUUUUGUAUUUCCUAAUUUAGAAAACUAUACCUUUACGGGAUUUGAUAUAUUUGAGGUACAUUCUUCCUAUGGUAGAGAGCUAUAAGAAAAUUACAGUUGUGAUGCAUCAAGUAUGGGAAGAAUUCAGUUUUAUUUUGAACAUGGAUGUACUGGGCUUUGUUGCCUGUUUGCCUUAAUCCUCUUCUAACUCCUUGAACUCUCAUUAGUUAUGGGAAGGGGUCUUAGUACUUUCCCCAAACAGGGAAAAGACACUGGUAAUUUUAGUAGAUGUGUAUAUGUAGUUUUGUGCCAUUUCUUUAAACUGAGACUCCAUUAAAAUGCCACGUGUUUUCCUAACCUAUUGAUUUUCUUUAUGUUUGAUAACAUACUGCAAACUUGUUACAUAUACUGUCUGUUUUUCCAUAUACUCACAUGCUUGGUAUCUGAUUUAUGUUGUCAGCAUAAAAACUGCCUUUGGAGAAAUCAUUGAAAGAAUGUGCACAAAUUACUAUUACAAAGAACCAACUCUGGAAUGUUAUUCAUGACAAAAGCAUCACAAUUAAAAUAAGGCACAUUAUAUGACAAAAAAAUUUAAAUAUAAAAUACAAGAUUAAAAUAUGUGCAAAUUAAACAUAUCUUGCCAAGAAACUAGCAACAUUAGUUGCAUUAUUGUGCGGCCAUGAGAUUCUCAAAUGUACACUGAUGGGAAUACAAAGGGAUACAUAUGUGUUAUUCUCUGCAUGUCACAAUCACAAGCAACAGAAGCCAUCGGCUAGCCCCAUUUGUUCAGAGUGUCUCUGGAUCUUGUACCCGUGUGCUGAGUAUCCAACAAUUUCCGUAUUUUCUAGCUUUCGCCAGACCCAGGUGCCAGCUCCUCCACUGGUUCCAUCCAGUGUUGGUUCUUUGUAGCUUUCCAUAGUUCCACUCUGCUUUCAAAUUCUUCAAAAAUUUCCAUUGACUUAAGGAAGCUUUUCCUGGAUUUUCUUCUCUGCUGAGCUGUUUGUUGGCCAUAGUGAAUAGAGAAUUUUGGAAUGAUUUUACAUCAAAAAAAAAUUUUUUUUGCUGAUCUUAAUAUUGUUCAAAUGCUGCCUUACUAAUCGUAUGCGUUUACAAUUAUUUUUGAACUUUAUUUUUAAUGUUGUAAAAAUUGUGGGAAUCUUGUGAGUUGAUGUGAAAUAGCUAUCAAUAUGUCCAGUCUAAUUCAGAUAUCCACGUGUGUAUUAAUUGAUCUCUUCGUUAUGAACUUUCUGGACAAAUGAAGGAGCUGAAGAAGGAAUAACCACCAUUCUGUAACAUCAGUGAUACAAAAGGAUUUCUUUUUACCUUGCACGAAAUGUUACCUUUGUAGACUGGUAAAUUUGAUUAUUGAUUAUGUGCCAUCAAGUCAUUUUUUAUUCCAAGUGACCACAUAGAUUUUCUUCAUGACAACCUCUCCCUAAUCUGAUCUUUCAGAUCUUCCAAUAUUGCACCUAUUGCCACUGUAACUGAGCCCAUUCACCUAGCUGCAGAUCCUUUACUUGUCCUUCCUGGUAAAUACUUAUAGUUUAGCUCUGAGAUUGCUGUGCCACUAUCUAGCUGUUUCGGGUAAGUAUAGGAAUUUUAUAGACCAGGGUUAGAAUACAUUAUAUAAUCAUUUCUCUACUGAUUAAAGUUUUCAACACAUUAGCUUGACUUUGAUAAAUAUUGACACAUUGAUACCAUGAUUAAGAUCACUCUUAUCCAAUACUGUACUAGGAAAUCUAAUCAGCUGCUUUGUUGUGUUAUUGUGGUCUUGCAGCAUGCUAAAUGCUUUCGAACAUAGCUUAUGCUCCCCUUGUAGAUUUGAAGGGCCUUAUUGCUUUGGUUUAUUGAUCCGGAGCUAGACUACUGAACUGAAUAUAUUUGCUGUAUGAUAAAACAGGCUCAAAUCAAACUGCUGCAAUUUUAGAGAAGGGUGGAACAGUCUGUAAUAUAAUCCUUGAGGCUGCCAGCAGAAUAAAUAUAGCACAGUGCACAGACGGCUAAAGAACAAGCGAUCCAGACAAUCUACCCUCACGCUACUUUUGGGCAUCCCAUAUUUCCUGUUCUUCUCAGCCCCCACCCCCCCACCCCGGAAAUCUUAAGCAGCACUUCUCUUGCUGUGAUAUUGUCAUUCACCACCAAAUGUUGUCCCUCUGCAAGGUUGCUGAUUCUUUGUUCAUUAGCAAUUCUAGAUCAGCCUGCUGUGAGAGUCUCCUUAGUCAAGAGAGAAUCACGUUCUGUAUCAAUGUCUCCAGACAGCAGCCCUUCCCAAGCUUUCAGCAAGGCCAAUUGCUGAGAAUCCCUGUCUUUGAUGAUCCUUCGGAGGACCUGUAUAAGUAUUUUGAGCAUUGCAGCGAUGCCAUGGAAGACACCAUCCAAAGAGGCGGAAAGUGCUUAGUAUACUGUAAAAAUGGUCGCAGCAGAUCUGCAACUAUCUGCACUGCUUACUUGAUGAAGCAUCGAAAGCUCAGGCUGAAGGAUGCCUUUGAGAUUGUGAAGAAUGCCAGACCAACGGCAGAGCCUAAUGCAGGAUUUUGGUCUCAGCUGCAGAAAUAUGAAGACCAUUUGCAAAGACAGCAGCAAAGAAGUCUUUCUUCAAAUACAAUUUCACAUAAUAAAUACAUUGAUUUAGAUUACAAUGUUGGGAAAUUUCUUUAAAGAGGAAGAUUUAAGAUGCUUCUAGGUAACACCUGAAUCUAAUAUACUAAAAAAAGCCCUGGGAUCACCUACUUUAUUAUUGCAGUCUUAAAAAACUAGCUGAAAAGUUCUGUACAAACCUUUCAAUAAGACAUAAUUCAAAUCUCUGAAAUCUGCUCAAUUUUAAGUAUAAUUAAAUGCAGCUAUAAUGGGUUGGCCAAAUCUUUUGGAGGGAGAAGUGCCACUUCUGCUUUGAGGACAACUUUGAUAUAAUCAUUAAAUGCAAUUUGGCUAGAAACAAGAUCAUGAGCGUGACUUUGUGUGAUUUUGGGUUACUCAAGAUCAUAGGAAGAAGGCAGUAGCAAUUUCCCAAAAAUGAUGCCAAGAAAACAAGAUGGGUUUGUCCAUGCAACACCCAGAAGUCAAUAAUGACUUGAUAACUCUUAGCUAUCAUCUAUCUUUAUUGAAAAAUACUUGAGAAAUCAGAAUUAGCUCCUUCCCAGAUACUGUUUUUAAUAUACUCUCAAUCCUCCAGAAUUUUAAGUAGCUUUAUUCUGCAUAUUAUUAUAUCUUUAUAAAGUCCCAAAAUAAUGUGACAUAGUACAUUUAGCAAAGAAAGAUAUGUCAUUUUACAUGAUUAUGUGAUUUAAAUAAUUUUCAUGAUUUUUUUAUAUACCAUAAUGUUUAUUAUAAUAUUCAGACUAAAAUGAUAAGCUACUUAAGGACCUUUUCCCACUUUUGAGCUAAAAUGCCAUUCAUCUAUCUUGGGUGGGCAGAAAACCUUUUUGUGAGAUUCUCUGUCUCACAUGCAAGUCCCUUCCUGAGCCUUCCUCCAAGCUCAUCAGUGUGGGUUACAAAUCCCAACAGAUUUUGCACAUCUUGAGUUUGUUCUUAGUGUCAGAAUAGGAAGAAAACACAACAUUAACACCAAUAUAGCUAAGACAAUUUAAACUUUUUGACUGAUGAUAAGAUGAUGGCAACACCAACUAUUGCUAUAGCAUGGUGCUAGCAAAUGGGAGAGCACACUAAGGUAAAUGUUACAGAGGAAGAGAUGUGUUGGGGCUGUGCCAAAGCAUUAGACAAAGAUGCUUCACAAACUCUGUAAGCAUAAGUGAAGCCCCCCUCCAUGAAAUAUUAAAGCACUACAUUAUUUGGAACGCUUUGCAGCUGCUUCAAGAGCUAUUUCUGGUUGUUUCUGUGUUGAAUGUGCACAUACACAGUAACAGGCAACCAGGGAAGGUUUUUCAUCAGCUGUUGCAAGCCUUCCAGAGGAUGCAAUGGAUGCUUUAACACUUGAAGGAGAUAUGGGUUGUACGCAUUAGCAUACUUUGCAAAGUGCUCCUUUUGAAAAGUUUGCAUAGCAUUGUUUUGAAUUGGUUUAUCAAAUGUAAAUAUGUUUUAAAUAAAAUGUUAAGCAUAAUUUUGACAUGUGUGACUGUCUUAGCCUGUUUGAUGUAAAUUUGUGGUUCAUUAACUGUUCCUGAAGUUGCAUAACGAUAUCCAUGUUCUCUGUAAUUAAAAAUAGAGAUAAAUA